AUGCUCGACCUGGGGAGUUGGGGCGUGUUCUACACGCGCCCCUUCAACGCCGAGCCCCUCCGUUGCUAUCGCUGCCAGCAGUACAGCCACCAUCGCUCCCGCUGCAAUCGCCAGGCAGUGUGCGGCAUGUGCUCGGGGCCGCAGAUGACGGAGGCCUACCUUGCGAAAUACAAGGCCGGCGAGAGCAUGACCGCCCUCUGCCCCAACUGCCGCCAGCACCACCACGCGUGGACCCGGCGCUGCCCCUCCCGGUUGAACAUAGUGGACCUGGGAAUCCAGCGGCAGGAGGAGUGGCGUGCGGCGCACAACCCCUCUCGGCCGGCGUGGACCGGGCGGUCCCGCUCGAGGUCCCAGCGUCGGCCCGCCCCACCCGGUCAGACAACGCUCGCCUCCCAGGAGCACUUCCCGGCCCUCCCACCACCGGCCACGUCUCCCGGCAACGCUGCUCCGGCUGUGCCGCCGCCAGCUACUUCUCCUCCACCGCCCACCACGCAAACCCACCCGGCCUCCACCUCAACACCAGCCCCUACCCCACGCCCGGCAUCCGCCUCGGUCCCCUCCACACAGCUCAUUCCCGCACUGCCUCCACCGGCCCUCCCCCAGCGCGUGAGGCGUCGGAGGAACCGCGGGCCGCGCCCCCCCUUGAGCUCGCCAGCUGCACCCCUGGUUCCUCCUCCUGGCCAUGUCCUGGUCACCAGGGCUGCACUAGAGGGGAUGCUGGCGAGCUUCGCUCUGGCGUUAACCGGCCUCCUAAAGCUCACGCCGGACGAGGCGGCGCUGCGAGUCAUCGCGAAGGCAACGGUGGAGGAGUGUUUCCCCACCGUCGACAGUCCGGCCGCGUCUCCCGCCACCCCGCUGCAAAUUCCAGUUGCUGCGCCUCCAACUGCGCAGACCCGGGACCGCGAGGACGCUCCACCUCCCGCGGGGGAGGCCCGCAUGGAGGUCGACGCACCCUCCCAGGCAGCAGUGGCACCCGCCGUCUCGGUGGCCCAGCCCGCACCGGCAACACAGACCGCCAAGCCCCGCUCACACAUCCCAGCGCGGGCGGCUCCAACCCGCUCCCGCAUCCCGCAGCCCAAGGGCAUGGUGACCCCGAAGCGCCGGGGGCCGGCCCCCUCGCGCGCGGCGGCCCCUGUGAUCACCCCGGGGGCCUCCUCGACGACCGACCGCUAA